AUGGGAAUUGUAUUUAGUACACUAAAGACCUGGUAUAACAUCUAUAUUGACCAAGUAAGGGAACCAGUAAUCAAGCUAGUAGAUCCGAUCUUUCAUCACCACAAAAUUAAAAUAUAUGGCAUGGAUCUAAGAAAUACAGAGCUGUCACUGGAGGAAAGAGCCAAGUCUGCGUUAUAUAUUGGCCUGCUAGCUUACACAGGUGGUGUUGGUGCUGCAGCGCUUGCUUCACAGUAUCUUCAGGACAUGAUUGAUAUUUUGAUUAUGCCAGAUACUUCCGCAAAAGUCAGGAUCUCUGUUUUAAAAGGACUGUGCAGUGUAUGCUACAUCAACCCCCUAAACCAAAAUGAAGCCAAAGCUUACCACCUUACUGAAAUUAUCCUUGCCUAUCUUGAGGAAGAUGAAGACUCUGCAGAAGCUGACUCAGAUUUAGUUCUUGUGAAGUUCUGGGUUUGUUAUCUUAUGACUGUUGUCUCCUGUAAUAAUAUAUCUUAUAUUAAAUUAUUUCAUGAAGUUGGUGGCCAAGCACUAGAAAGAAGGCUGGAAUGCCUGUCUAAUAUGGAAUGGUUUGGCUGGCCCCAAAACUAUGCUACAUUAAUGUGCAUGCUUAUGGGAUAUCCAGGCAUGGAAGCAUGCAAAGAGAAUUAA